UGCUUUAUCUGUGGAAUGUGGAUCGUGAAUGACAGAAGAAGUUGUUUAAGUUCUUUAUUAUAUAGAAAUAUUACUGUUGAAUUUUGCUGGGUUCCGGGACAUUCAGGAAUUUUUGGUAACGAACUUGUAGACAAGCUUGCCAAAUCCACAGAAAAUAUCCAAGUUUGUGAUUUAAAAGUACCUCAGUCCGAUUUAGUGCCUUUUGUAAAAGAACUUAUGAUUAGACGGUGGAACAACUCGUGGUCUAAAUCCAAAGAAGUCAAAGGGAAAUGGCUAGCUGAAAUAGUCCCAGCACCUAGCACCAAGUCGUGGUUUGAAUACCAAAGAAAAUAUGUAGAAAGGGCAUUUAUUACAACUAUGUGUAGAUUGCGUAUUGGUCAUGCUCGUUUUCCUGCACAUCUCUUUAGACUAGAACUAAGUGAUUCUGCUGUUUGUGCACAUUGUAAUUUUAAUGUAUGUGAUCUCGAUCAUAUUUUUUUCCAUUGUCCUGCAUUUAAUUUACAAAGGCUGUUGUUUGUUGCCAUGUGUAUGGAUACAGGUUUGCAAGUUCUGCCAAAGUCCGUACAGGGCCUUUUGAAAUAUAAACAAUUAUAUCCUGUAAUCUAUGAAUUUGUCGUUUACACUAUUGGCAGUUUGUAA